AUGGUAGGGAAUCAAUCAUUUUCCUAAGACGUUGCGGCCGGUCUUUGUUGCACGUAUGUUAAAGUCCUAAAUGUAAUAACUGUCCUGAAUGUAAUAAAGUCCUAAAUGAAAUAAUAUUUGGCACAAAAUGUAAUGAAGUUUUUAAUGUGAUAACAAUUAGUCCAAAAUGUAAUAAGCCUCCAAUGCAAUUGUUUAACUCCGCCAGUGCAUUGUUGUUACAGUGGACAUCCACAUUGAGAUGUUUAAGUGAGGCUUAUUACAUUUAGGACUUAAUUACAUUUGGGCUUUCAACACACAUACAGUCUGUGCGCAAAUUUGCAAUAGAAACACGAUUUUGCAACUUAAGGGUGCGUCCAGAAUGAAGACCAAGGAUCAGAAGACGUUUCGUUUCAUUUUUCAAAAUGAAUGGAGUGUCCAGCUGUAAAAAAAGGUCCUAAAUAAAGGCAUCUGAAUACGAAACUGAAUGAUCGGUUUUUAAUUUUUUUUUCAAGGAGUACACCUUAUUUGGUUACCUCCGUCACUACUGGACAGACAAGCGUUUUGCAAAUAAAUCCAAGGAGGUUAUUCAGCUGAAGGGAUCGACCAUUGAGCAUGCGUGGAUGCCUGACACAUAUAUUAGCAAUUCAAGACAGUCCAAUCUGAGACAAAAAGACUCUGAGGCAGAAAGUACUUUAUUUAUUUAUACCGAUGGCUCAAUGUUCUACUCGAAGGGGUGAGUUAAGGGAUAUAAACGAGUCAUCUAAGAAAUAUCACAUGAGUUUUUCCUGGUUGAAAGAACUAGACAGGAUCUCUGCUUAACAAGGCUUUCCGAAAGCCUUGUUAAGCAGAGACCCAAUGAGCGUAAACUGGCAGUUUACGCUCAUUGACUGAGGUUGGUCUUAGACCUGAGUCCUUAUAAGGUGAGGAGAGUUCAUCUUCAUUGAUCACUAGUCCACUAGGCCGAGCUCGCCGUCAUUCAAAAACCUAAUCUGCUGGUUCUCAUUGUUUAAUGCUCUUACAGUUUAACAGACCUAUUUAAACCUUAGCUAAGACCAUGAAAGGGAUAACGGCUCCUGAGUGGGUGGGAGUGAUGGCGAUUAAGGGGUGAUUCUGCACUCCCCACGCCCCCAGAACUCUUAAAUCACGGUCGUAACCGACGGAUACAGUGAAGCAUCUAACCCUAAAAUCGGCGCUCCUAACUGGGCUGGAGAAAUGGCUAUUAGGGGGUGAUUCCGCACUCCCCUCGUCUCCAGAUCUCCUGAAUCAGGAUUGUAACCAGCGGAUUCGGCUAAGCAUCUAACCCUAAGGUCAGUGACCAAAUUGUUGAACCCAUUGACCUUUUCAACCUCCUAUUACUUCAAUUUGAUCUCUUUUGCCCUUGUUGGGGUAACCUAUUCGUUCCCUCCCCCCCCAAAAAAAAACAAUGUUGUAUUGUGAUGCCAUUGAUUUUUUUAGCUACAUACAGGCAAAAUUGAAUGGGGGAGGGGAAGUCCUGUCAAUUAUUUCGAGAUUUACCCCUCAGGCGGCUCUUUACCCCUCUAAUUUCAAAUGUUCCUUUCUCUUUUCUCCUGUUUCUUUCCCACUUUCCUUUCCUUUUGUUCAAUGUCUCUUAAAAUGCAAAUGCUUCUUUCUCUGUUUUCCUGUGUCGAUCUAUUCUUACUUCCCCUUUAUCCAAGGUCUCUAAUUUCAAAUGCUCCUGUUUCUGUUCUCCUGUGUCGUUCCAUUCUUGCUUCCCCUUUAUCCAAGGUCUCUAAUUUCAAGAGCUCCUGUUUCUGUGCUCCUAUGUCGUUCCAUUCUUGCUUCCCCUUUAUCCAAGGUCCCUAAUUUCAAAUGCUCCUGUUUCUUUUCUCCUGUGAAGUUCCAUUCUUACUUUCCUUUUGUUCAAAGUCUCUAAUUUUAAAUGCUCCUGUUUCUGUUCUCCUGUGAAGUUCCAUUCUUACUUUCCUUUUGUUCAAAGUCUCUAAUUUUAAAUGCUCCUUUUCUUUUCUCCUGUGUCGUUCCAUUCUUGCUUCCUCUUUAUCCAAGAUCUCUAAUUUCAAAUGCUCCUUUCUUUUCUCUCAAUUACUUUUCCCUUUGUUCAAGGUCUCAUUUGAGUUUCGUGUUUUUAAAUUUAGGGUGAAAAUUGUGGCCUCUUGUGCUAUGGACUUGAAGGAUUUUCCAAUGGACACACAAAAGUGUGGCCUAUCUUUGGGAAGUUGUAAGUGUCUAAUUGCAUGACUUUUUUGGAAGAUAAUGGUAUCUUUCCUUUUAAUUUGUUUAGACUGAAGGAAAUGACAGUUUGCUUCCCUCUCUCGGCUAAGAGUUAUUCUCGAAAAACAGUCAUGAUCGUAAUUAAGAAAAAACCCUCAAAAAUACUGUGAUUGGACAUAAUCUCUUAAAUACUAGCAGUUGGAUAGUAGAUAACUGAGAAUUUUUGCUCGUUGUUUGUUCUUUUUACUUGUAUAACGGGGUUGUAAAAAAUACGGUACAACUGUUAAAAACACUCAGAGGUUCUAAACACCAUAUCGUCUUAUAAGAUAUAUAUUUUGUAAGGAGAAAUUCCGUCUUGGGAAUUAAAGUGUUAAGAUGUUAACUUGCGAGAAGUAUCAAAGGUGGAAGGAGAAAGCUCUGAUACUAAACAAGUAAAUUGAUUUCGUUUAGAUGGACACAGCUUGGCAGAUGUCAAUUACAAGUGGAGGCGAGAGAAGGUCGUAGUAGAGAAAAAGAACAUCGCGCAGUUUGACAUGACAGAAGCCUACUUAAACAGAAGCGUUAUGAUUUAUAUCUCAGGUUGGUUAUCUAAAGUAUCUUGCAUGUUUAAAAUCUGACAAAGUUCCUCAUGAAAUUUCGUUCGAAAAGUUGAUGCCCUCCUUUCUUUAAAAGGUAUGAAAUUUGUUGAUCGAGCUAUGCCUUUUUCUUGCAUAAGCUAUCUGUGUUUCUUGUCUUCUCAAUGAAAAAAGUAAGCUGAAGAGUUGAAUGUAGAACUGUGUUCUUUUAUGAGGCAUAAGUGCGAUUUGUCCAUCUUGAAUUUCCGUUUUCAUAUCACAAAGAAUAAUGAUUUUUUCAGUGUGAUUGUCCCUUUUUCCCUCUAUGAUAGCUACUUGACCUAACCUUAGCAAUUCAAUCGUUAUGCAGACAAGUCCCCUUAAAUGCUUUCCUUGGAAUAAUGAAGGGUACCCAUGGUGUUAUAAAACAAAAGCAAUGAAAAUACUGAUCAAAACCAUAAUAAAAUUCUCGAACGUGAUUGGUUAUCACCAACCCAAUUUGAGCACUAAUAGGACAGUGUACGCGUCAUGCUUGUACUUGGACUGUGUAUAGGACAGUUAAAGGGACAGUUAACACGUCAUACAUGUGUAGGUGAACAGAGCGUUUCAUGUGCGCGCGCUGUUGUUCCGCAUUUCGCCGAGUCAACAGUUUUUUUUUUUAUGAAGACGUACAACCGAUGUCUAGUUUCUUUCUCAAAUUUUGUCAUAGUUUUCAUUAAUUGAUAACAGGACUUCGUGUCGUCCAAUUCUGUCAGUAAUCAUACUCACGAUUUUUCCAAUUUAAGACUACCGCUUCGCGGUCGUCCGAUUUUGUUAAUCACUUGUAUGAUUACAGACGGAAUUGGACUCCUCUUAGUCCCAUUACCAUUAUAAAUAGCCUUUCAGCAGAGUUUUCCUUUGUUGUGGGCUUAUAUUGCGAUACGUUGGAAGACUCGACUUGGUAUUGCAAAAAGGGCCGCUCGUUCGCCAAAUUCCUUUUAUCGGGUCAAUGUGACAUGUAAGUCUUACAUAACCAAACCUUACAUCCACAGGUAACUAUACCCAACUUCUAGUCUACUUCCACUUUGAACGUCGUAUCGGUUAUUACGUUAAUCAGGUCUACAUCCCGGAUACACUGAUAGUCACAAUUAGUUGGAUCGUCUUUUGGUUGGGCCAAGACGACAUGGGUGGUCGAGUAGGAUUGGGAAUCACCACGCUUUUGACCAUAAUGUUUCUGUUGGGCUCGGUGAAUAUGUCUCUACCUCGAGUGAGCUAUGCCAAAGCUAUAGACUGGUACCUGAUUGUCUCCUUUGUGUUCGUGUUUCUUGUCCUGUUUGAAUGCAUCAUCGUGUACGUUGUCCGUCAACGAAAGCGAUCACGGGAGGAGAGCGGUCGGGACAGGAGUUUGGACCUAGAGGAGGGCAAGAGAGAGGUAAGGGAAUGAUUCGGAGUUGGAAUAAUAAAGCAAACUGUUAAAUUAAUUUUCCACGGACUUGCCAGUUUGGAUAACUUUCUGAUCGACCACCUGGUGGGAGGGUGCUCCUGCUCUUGCGAGAACAAGUCAGCUUACGAGCCAUGCAGAAGUCCCAACCGACAAUAGCUUAUCUCGGCUUUGUCACUAUAAAAAGAUAAACGGUAUUUAUUUUCCUCCCUUAUGGGAUAAUAGCCUGCUACAGGGUUAUCCGUCCCCACCCCACCCUUACACCCCCAAUCUCCCCCUCCCUUCCAGCAUUUCCUCGUGUAUCCUUCACAGUUCGCUGGUAUCCAUUUUUUUUCCUGGGUGGAGAGAUACACUGCUAAGAUUGAACUGUCCUAACUGCUUUUCCAAGAGGAACACUACUCCGGCAAUUCCCGGCGAGGGUUCUAUCGCAGACCAUUUGACUCGAAGCUGAGCACGAUGACAGCGGCUUCCAUCCAAAUGCAACAAACGUCCCGCGUAAGACCAGGAUGAGAAAUGUUGAGCAGGGGUCUUUCAGACGUAAAAAUUGGCAAAUUUUAACAUUCAUUCGUUGAAAGAAGUUAGCAGGAAAAACUUUCCUUUAAAACUUAUUGAAAAGAAAUAAAACGUUAGCCGUUAUAUAGCCAAAUUUUAAGCGAUAGCCGUUAAAGCCAUCACCAAUUUGACACCCACUUAGUCUGUCCAGUCUGGAGAUACAGUACUGAGAGCGAUUUCAACAUUUCAGGUCGGUAAUCGAGUAAACUUUCGAGUAAAUCGGCUGAAAAUUUUUCGUAAUUGCCUGGUGUGUUCUUUGAUCAUAAUAGAAGUGUUCUCUUUUUUGCAGAGAGCUCGUACUGAAGACAGUUUUUAUAUAGAGAAGCUCCUAAAGAGUGAUGGCUUUGUGAACGUGGAGAUGCUUUCGAACACCGGUGAACUGGCGAUAGUCAGUUCACGAAACAACGUCGACUCAUUCCUUCCAGAGAAAAAAGAUGACAUUGAGAUGACUGAUAGGACAAGUCAGAGAGGAAUGAUGAGUUGCAAGAACAAACGAGCGAGGCUGUCGGUUGGUGAUAUAAUCGAUCGUAUCUCGCGCCUUCUCUUUCCUCUUGCUUUUAUUUCGUUCAACGUCUCUUAUUGGAAUCAUUACUUGAGCAAAUAAUAUGGCAAAGAAUGUUCUGAGGCAAAUUGCUAGCUUUGCGGAAAAGAAAACAUAAUAAACAUUGCGGAAUCACAAAAAAAUUUUAGAGAGAC